AUGGACGUUCUAGAGCCAUGGCUGGCGGCCACUAUAGAGGGAGAGCUGGGUGAGGCGUUACGUCAUAAGGAGGAAGGCGCAAACAAACAUCCAUCGAUUGGGCAGCCCCGAGGGCUAUCGUAUGAUGAUGGCAGUAAUCUGAGGAUAACAUCUACAAAAAAGGGACCCGUUGUUCAGAUCACUAAGUUCUUGACCUUCGACGAGCCUAUACAAGUCACACUUUCUGACAGCGUUAUACGUGUCAAUGCUUCCAUCACCAAUCAGGCGUCUCAGAGAUACGCUAAGAAGAACAAAAGAAAUCUUACAGAGGGAACCGUUGGAGGCCUCAUACAACUGCACGACUUCGAGAUUGUCGCAACACAUCUUGGUCCAAGAGAUAAAAGGCUUACGCUCUAUGUCAAAGAAUUCAAGAGCAUUGGCUCGGACGGAUCUGGUAACUUUGGGGUCGCCCCUCAGGCUAUUGAGAGCAGGGAGGGGACAAAGGAGCUUUUGAACAAGCUAGCAGACUUGCGAAGACACGGACCGGACGCACACUCCCACCAGUCAGCCGCUGCGUCACCAAUCAGGUCUCAGCCCUGCACACAGACCUCCGACGCAGGGGAGAAUCAGGGUAGCCAGAUAGGCUUUGCAACUCAGGCACCUCGCUCUAACGCGUCUGUUGUUAGCAAGCCCAAGCCAUCAGAUCCAACUACCGGUAUCAACAUAGGCUCUAUCUCCAGUGCAAACAGUGUCAAGUCAUUACCUCCACCAACAAAGAGAAAAUACGGGAGUUUUUUAGCGACUUCUUUGAGUCCCCGUCAAGUGCAGGCAACCCCUCAGAGACCAAGUGUUAAUAGCACCAAAGCUCUCUUAGGCCUACUCCAACAUCAUAAGCGUACUCUACCGGUACCAGAGGUUAUCCCGCAGCCAACAACUGUGUAUUCCCUAGGGUACACUGCGGCCUCAAUCGGACCCGCUGUCGUUGAGGAAGAGAACACAGCUUCUCGAGAUACCACUCUCGCUCCCGGCGAUGAUGAUGUUACCAGAGCUCCCAUUGAAAGCCAGAAAAGAAAAAGACAGUCCCCGGACAAGACCCCAAGAAAGAAAGCAGCCGACAGUCAUAGAGUACAUGGGAUCGACCAAGACUGUGGGAGCUUGGGUGUAGAUUGUGACCUGGACACGAAGGCGGGAUCUAGGGCAGCUGUAACCGAAGCCUCCAUCAACGCACUCCAUAGUCGGUCAGCCAGCUCCUCGAUAUCAAAAACUGCAGAUUCGUACCCUAACGCCCCAUUGGACCUCUCAGAUCGUUCCAUUUCAAAACUUACAACCUCGGUCUCCGGUCAAAACACCGGUCAAAAUCGAAUUAGGAGCAGAGACGUGAAAAUUCUCAAAGACCAAGAGGCUUUGUUGAACCGUGCGGACUCUUGGCUGCCAGCAGAGCCUGGUCAGCGCGAGCCCACAGCAAACAUACCAAUCUCUUUACUCAAGAAGCUGAAUCGGAAAGCGGACCUCCGUGCUCAACGGCCAACAAAGAUACGGAAUCAAGAAAACGGUUCAAUGACCCCAAGUGCGGUAAUUGACCAAACAGCCGACUCGGAAUCAGAUAUACCUGUAUCCUCAGGACAAUGGCCCCUAUCGCCUGAGCGUGAUCAGCUACCACCGGACAGCAGUUUCGCAAGUGCCGAAUAUUCUGAUCACUCAGUCCAAAAGACAUCAAGUAAUCCUCGCUCGAUCUCGUCUUCACGAAGGCAGUCUCACGCAUCAAGUUCAUCUUAUUCAAUGCCAUUGGGGCGACCAGCUUCGAUAUCAGCAGAGCGUUUUUCUAGAGGAGCAGGAUCUCCUAGCAUGGUGUCUCCUGGUCUUUCAUCACCUAGCGUUACAUCCACUUCAGCUGGCGAAGAGGUCCAUCGAUUCACGUGUCAAGCACCAGGUUGUGACAAGUCAUACAAGAAUUCUAGCGGCCUAAAAUACCAUGUAGAUCGUCAUCACCCCAGUACAGGAUCGUUCGAAAACUUCAGGUGCCCUGUGGAGGAUUGCACCAAGUCUUAUGCAAGUCCCGGUAGUCUCAAAUACCACAUCGAACGUUACCAUGAUGGCAAUCCAGCCACACCAAGCAAUAGUGGGAGUGCCACUCCUACUGUGCCUGGCGAGUCUACUCCCAUGUUUCCUGGUUUAAAAUCCUGGAGUGAGCGUGACGGAGGGUCUGGACAGAAAGUCGUUGGUAAAUGGGCCAACAAUGAGUCGGAUAGUGUACAAAUCUCAGCUUCGAUGUCACCUUUACUCGGACAGAAUAGUGACUUGCUGCUUGAUGCGCAGCCGGCUCCGGUCCAAUCUGCAGCAACAAAUCCGGCUGAGACCCAUGCUGCCAAGGAAACAUUUUCGCCCUUACUUCCAGCAUCACCGACCCCAGAGUCAGACCUAGAGAUGACAGUCCCACUCGCUCUUAACGAAGAGACCCAUUCCAUUGCAGGUAGCGCGCCGAUGCAACAUUUUCCUUCCACUGCUUCGCAGCCACCGGACCCAUUUACGCAAGUCAAACGUACCCCUUACGUCAAUGGUCGUGCGCACAAUGAAUCACUACCGGGUUCCAGAAUUCUAUCUUCGCCGUUAAAGGCGAACUUUAAUCCUCUUAUGAAUGGCACUAUCAAUGACGAUACUGAAUUUGUGUCGGCAUCAGUCACUUCUGGCCCCGAGACUUCCACCGCUGAGGCUCAUGGUGAAAAUGGAAGCUCUAACAACGUCGAGGACCAAAGUAUUGCAAAGGUUGCUGCGAGGCUCGCGGAAGAAAACAACAGCCAAGAAAUGACCAAUGGCAUUCUCGAGGAAUCCAAUGAAAUGAUCGCUGAAGUCCAACAAGAAAGGAGGAAGGCAGAGACAGCGGCAGAUAAGCCAGAUGACGCAUCCUUAAUCAUGACCAAGAGCCAGAGCCAGAGUUCGAGGUGGAAUCACCCAUCCGUGGUCUCCGAAGCCAAUGCAGAAGUUCAAACAGUACCAGAGAAGUCGCCGACACCCGAGGACAAUCACAUAGACCCUCCACCUCAGCUCCCUACGUCUGACCAUGCCACCCACGUCGCUCCUGAGAUGAAGCGCAAAGUUGCAGAUUCGAGCUUUGUAUCCCCAAAUGUGGCCAAGCGACUGAAAAGGUUCAAGGUCCCGUCGGCCUUUAACUUCAUUGAAAGGUCAGAGGUUCCGCGAGAUCCAUCAGAAGGAGCUCGGCAAUACCGUCAGGACUUCUUGGCUUCCAGGAGAAGUAGCGAGAGCAGCACUCCUACGAUGAGCCCCACAGUGUCUUUCAUCACUUUUCCGGGGCCCACGUCAGAAGAUCCACUAGAGCGGUCCCGGCCAGUCCGUCCGGAAUUCUUGGCUUCCAGAAGAAGUAGCGAGACCAGUACUUCCACAAAGAGUCCAAAUAUAAACCUCACCGCACUCACGGGGUCGAUCCGGGCUGACCGGCGCAAUGCAGAAGUGGAAAAGAACGUUGGGAAUGUGACUGUACAAAACCAGUCGAUUGAUACUGAGAUUGAGCGCCAGAAGAAGAUCGAGUUCGAAGAAUUGUCGGCAAGAUCUCCAAUGCAAGAAAUGAAGGAUGCUGCACCGCUUCCGAAUGGUACCACUUCUAUGGAACCAGACGGCGGUGGUACAAAGCCUGGUGCGCAAGAGAAUCCAUCCUUUGAUCCCGAAGCAGACUCUCUCAUGUCCGUUGCGCAGAAUACAGACGUCGAAGGUCCUGACGCAGAGCAGAGCCUGGUGAUGGAGGCAAGCUUCUACGUCUCUACUGAUGAAGCGCAGCGAGCUCAGUCUGUCGAGCUUGAUGUAUCCUUUCAGUCACCAGACCAGAAGACCGAGAAUGACCUUGCGAACGCAAAUGAUGGCGCAGAUCAGAAUGUCGAGUCAGAGAUUGACCUGACGGUUGCGAGCCAUGGUCAACUGGUGAACACUGAUGAGGACGCUCGGCCGGUGGACUCAAAAUCAGACACAGCCCUCAAAGAUUUACAUCCUCGGGCAGACGAAAUCGCCGAGCAGGGGAGCAAUGCGCCGACACCAGAAGUAAGAUUAGAUCAAGUCGCUGAGCACGACACCGUCACGCUAGAAUCCCUAUAUCAACAAACAUCGUUCAGAGACAAUGCAGACACUCAGGUGUCUGGAAAAACUAUACCGGAGCCUACAUCUCAACAGCAACCAGUCACAGUGGACGCAGGCAUACCAAUGCCUGAUGAGAUUGCAACGGAGCGCGCAUCGCAUCAACGGUUUAAAGAAGUAGACACAAACAGUCCGAUGCAUCACGUCUCGGUCAAUCAUGACAUCACGCCCUUGAAAUUUAUUGCUCACACGGACGAGCCUAUGAAACAAACCACGUCUCUAUCUAUUGCCGUCCCGGUCUUCGCCGCUGAGUCUGAUAGAGAUAUUCAACCACAUCUUUCUCCUGCGGCCGUUGAACCUGUUCUCCCACUAAGCACCCCUAUGUCAGAUCUCGAAGUGAAAUCAGUCGAAGAGCACCAGAGCGCAAUACAGCUGCCGAUUCAAAUCACUAAGCAGGAAUAUUCCGCACCUCAUAACAUUUUCGAUAUUUUCAAAGCAACGUAUCCCUCCUACCCUGGAGACAUCAAUCAUUUCGCGGCUAUAUGCAGAAAAAUCAGCCAGCUCGUAAAAGCCAAUCGAAUGGAGCAUCAAUCUCUGUGGGAUGACUUCAUCGUCAGACACAAGCUCGAAUAUCCCCAGUACCUUCGACGAUGUGCCGAAGAAGCAGAGGAUGCCGUACCUUACGAAGAAUUCUACCAAACUGAAAUUGAGGCGCCUCAGUAUCAAAACCGUGUCAUCAAUCGACGAAGCCUAGAUGAAGCACUCGCUAUCGUCGCACGGAAGCCUAGUGCUGAUAGGGUGCACGUCGAGCCUAUGAAGGAAGAUGAGCUUCGCGUUGAGCUGGUGGAGCAUAUUUUCACUUCCAAGACAGACCCCGCUAUUGAGAAGAUGCAUUAUGAAUAUGCACCUGCCAACGAUGAUGGGCCACUGGAGCUGGUAGGAACCAAAUCCGCACCGAAGCCGGCGAGCUCUGAUGAAACUCAGCGGAAGUCGUCCGAAUCGCGGGUCAUUAUUGAUCUCACAGCGGACGAUCCGCCAGACGAGCAGGCCAAGAGGACAAAGCAAGGAGAAAUACUGCCCCAUUCGAGUGUUCCACAUCUAGUCAACGGUGUGUCUGGUGCGCCACGACCGUUGCAGUAUCGUCGAGAUAGCUCCGGCAGCCUACAACAGGUGCCCUAUACUCCUCCUACAACGCGAGGCUCGUAUAAGCCUCCACUUCCACAAUCAAUUCGAUCACCGCUUGUACCCGCCACGACCUCGACCCAAAGCACUACCAAGAGCAAUCGGCGAUCUCUACUUUGGAAAGAGUCUGAUCAUGAUGUCCAUCAGAGCUCACCGAACGCAACCACAACCAACUCUCCGGAACGACUCCCUGCUUCAAAGCUGCGAGAGGUCCACGUCGGAGGAUUCAGCAACGCCCGCUUACCACUCUCGGCAAAGCCGACCCCCAAGGACGUGAAGCAGAACCAAGGUUUGCUAAACACCUGCCACAGAGUGAUUCAGUCCAAUUGGGGGAUCAGGGCCUAUGAGUUGCUAGAGCUGGAAUGCUUUCGUGGGCAGGUAUUUUCAGAGACCAUGAUCGAGCUGCUGGCCGAAAUUGCGAGCAAAGUCAAUGUUCGUGAGGCGCGUAAUCGAAUAAAGGAUGCCAUAGAUACUCGCGUUCGGGAUAACGCUUGGCGAGGCGCCGAUCACCCGAGUCAAGAUCGGAAGAUAUUGAGGUCAGAUCUCGAGGUGGUGAGAGGCGUUGUUGAAACCUCGAGUAUGAGCACCACGAGUCCCUUUUCUCCACCUCAUACUAAUGCGGCGGUGGAAAAGCAAGACGAAGGUACGGCGUCUAAAUGGUGGGACGACGAGGGUUCACCAUAUAGAAGCUUCGUCAGAGCUUACACUUCGAUCCGGCAGGGUAACGGCAACAGCUUUGCCAAAGCCAACCGGGCGGAGCCAGCAGAUGCCGAGAAAGUAUACAAAGCUGCAAGUAGUGGUGUUCAGCCGAAGAAGAUCGAUAUCAUGAGAUGGAACUUGUAG